AUGAGCGUGAAACGGGAGCAACCUCUCAUUCUGAGCCCAUCGGAUAAGCUAAGCUUCAGACCACCCUUCGACGCGGUUUCUACAUCAAAAAUAUCGCUGAAGAAUCCCACCGACAAAAUGAUCUCUUACAAGAUAAAGACAACAGCACCUAAACGAUACUGUGUUCGGCCAAAUUUCGGCUUUGUUCGCCCUUCUGGCGAAGAAGAAAUCGUGGUGAUGCUCCAGCCCGGUCCAACAGACGAAAAACACAAGUUUCAGGUCCAGUCAAUUAUCGUACCGAUGGAAUUCGCGGACAAGCCAAAAGAAGAGCAGAUGAAGGAUUGGAGUAACAAAGAGUACCUUCCAUCUGCAGAUACAAAGCUCGCUUGUGAGUUUGUGAGAAUGGAAGAUAGCACAAAACCUGUGGAGGAAAAGAUUGAGUCCUCUCCCGUCAAAGAAGAGAUUCAGGUCAAAGAUGAGCCCGUCUCGCAAGAAUCCGUUGUACGAGAAGUUCCAGAAGAAAACCUCCAUCAGCAUCAGCAGAAACUCGCUGCAGCAACUCCAGAGAAAUCUCCUUCCAAGCCGGCUUCGCGAACAGCCAGCACAAGUUCUAGCAGUCCACGCGACGCAGAAGAAAUCAAACGACUCAGGGCGGCGCUUGAAGAAGCCAAUAACAAAAUCCGAGCGCUCUCCAGCACGGCUCCGGAUUCAUCGGAAGAGGAUGUUCAAGCAAGACAGAAACAAAUAAUCAUCUGGUGCUUUGUCGCCUUCAUGAUAGGAUUCUUCAUCGGUUGCAUCUUGUAA